GAGGGCUGAUCUCCAGCCCAGGCCCCAGCUGCGCUCCGCCAGCGAUGCUCCCGCCGCAGGUGCACAGCAGCACGGGACGUGCCCAGAGGCGGCGGGAAGGGACGAAGGUAGGGGGGGAGGGGCAGAGACCUUCGUGAUAGCAAGUUGGUGACCCAGAAGCGGCAGCUUGCGCGCAUCACGCUCUGGGAAAGGGGGCUUGACCCCCAGCCAUUCCCUCCGCCAUCUCGCUGGGCUCUGGGCUCGCCCGCCGCCUGCAGAGGGAGCUCCCCGGGGGCAGGUGCCCAGCGAGCUGCCUGUGCGUUUCCACCGCGGGCAGCCCCGGGGAAACUUGCCCCCGGAGAUCUGCACCGAGCCAACCUCCCUUGCUCCCCAGCGCUACCGCCAUCGAGCGGGGCUGCUCCCACUGCUCCGGCGUGAGGAGCUGCUGCUGCUGGGGCCGGUGCCGGGGCUCGCUGUGGCACCCCAGCCCUGCCCGUGUGUGUGUAGCGUUAGGCGGCGAGGGCUGGAGCGAGCGCUCUGCUUCCCAGCUCAGCUGAAUUAACAGAGUUGCCACCAGCUGCUCUUAGUUGCCUCGGCAGUAAAGGGGGCUGCUGCCAGAACAAGCCUCUUGGCUGAGGUGAUUCCCGAUAAUUUGAAUCUAAAUAUCCAGCUGUUGGGUGGCUUCAGACGACAGUUGAAGUGUUGAAAGAUUAACUCAGACACCUUCUGUGAAUGUAGGUUGAAGGCUUGCAGCAUGUCAAGGAAGACCAGAAAAGAUGCAAUGAACAUUCUGUAACCAGGAAAAUAAGAGAAUUUCUUCGAGAACACAGCAGAAACCUUUCUUUCCUGCAGCUGAAAGAUGUGGCCACAUGUUUUUGAUAUCUGGUUAAUUUAAUAAAGGACUCUCUGUCAGGCUAUCUGAUGACCUUGUAAAUCUUUUACCUGUGUGACAAACGUGCCUUUGAAACUUGCAGUAAACAGUUCAUUCUCUGGAAAACCCAACUGUUGGAAAAAUCACUAUUGAAGAAUCAUGUCAAAAAACCUGGAGAUCAUCAAUUUGUCAUUUUUGUUGGAACAUGAGAGGGAAACAAUACUGGGAGUACUGAAGAGAGAUGAGUAUUUGAAAAAAGUGGACGAUAAGAGGAUAAGGAAAUUGAAGAAUGAGUUGUUGGAAGUGAGACGAAAAGGUGGAAACCGCCAUUGCCAACAGGACCGUGGCAGGGUCUGUGUUCGCUGUCAGAAAAACCUGGGCUUAAUCUUUGACAGGGGGGACCAGUGCCAAGAAUGCAAAUUUACAGUUUGCAACAAGUGUCGUGUUCUGGGAAUUGAUGGGAACUGGAAGUGCACUGUGUGUGCCAAGAUUGCACACCUAAGGAUAGUGACAGGUGAAUGGUUUUUUGAAGAGAGGGCAAAGCGCUUCAAACAAUCCAACCUCCUUGGAACUGAUGUUGUCAGACAGUCCAUCCUACGCAAAGUCCCAGAUACUGUUUCCAGUAAGAAAGAAGGAGGACAAGAGAAAGAUCAGGCCCAGGAGACUGUAGAGCAAAGACUAGAUACCCCAGCUUCCUCCACAAGUGGGCAGAAAUCAAUAUUCAGUGGACCCAGAAAGACAGGGAAGGCCAUCAGGGCAGUGACCAAAGGAGAAAUCACUAGUGUGAAAGCUGAAGAUGGAAGAAGCAGCAGUUCAGAGGCUGAUGCCCAAAGUUUACGCAGUGUCAGGUCUACUCCCUGUUCUGACAGGGGGAGCACUCUUUCGCUGAACAACAAUGAUGCAGAGACCCUUCCCGGUAACAUGAAAGGCACAGUGAGCUCUGGGUACCGAAGCAAUACCUCCACUCCAGUCUGUCCGAGGUCACCAGCACUGAGCACAUGCAGCAUGACUUCAGAUUACGGCAGGCAGGAUCCUGGUUUAAAAAAUGAUGCUUCUGUGCCUGCAAGUGAAAGUGUACCUGAAGAUUUAGUGAAGAGACACCGUAGGAAUGCAUCUGAAACACCUUCAAUAGCAGUUUCUAGGGCAUCUCUAACAUCAGAUCUCAGCAAAUCUGAGAUAGAUUUGGGUGUGUCUUUCUCAGAAGAAAACAAGGAUGCUGUAAGCUUAAGAAGUAGAUCAGUACCAGAUGCUUUAGACCAGGACCUGGAUUACCUGGAUGAGAUAGAGGAAAACCCUGAUGACAUAGCGGCCACUCAUUAUCUAAAACAUCGUGGACAUUUGGCAAGUGGAUUAUCAACAAAUUUUCCUGAAGGCUCUGACAGGAAAUGCUCCUACUUAAAUGUACCUGACGCAGAUGGUGAUACUACUAGCAUUAACAGCAUGAUGAGUGUUUACAGUGAAACUGGGGACUAUGGCAAUGUGAAGGUCAGUGGGGAAAUACUUCUCCACCUCAGCUACAGCUACAAAACGGGUGCCCUCAACAUCCUGGUAAAAAACUGCAGAAACCUGGCCAUAGCAGAUGAAAAGAAGCAAAGAACAGAUCCCUAUGUCAAAACAUACCUCCUGCCAGACCAAUCUCGCCAAAGUAAACGCAAGACCAAAAUCAAAAGCAACACCAUCAAUCCAGAGUUUAAUGAAACCCUAAAGUAUGUCAUCAACCAUACACAGUUAGAGACCAGGACUCUCCAGCUUUCUGUCUGGCACUACGACAGAUUUGGGCACAACAGCUUUCUUGGGGAGGUGGAAAUUCCUUUGGACUCCUGGAAUUUUGAAAAUCAGACAGAUGAAUGGUUUGUGCUUCAACCCAAGGAGGUUGCAGCAGAUGUCGGGCUUCAGUAUAAAGGAGAGCUGAUAGUUGUUUUACACUACAUUCCCCCUGAGAAAAACCUAAUGCUUCCCCUCGGACAGUUUCAAGGAAAGAAGAGUUUAAAAAAAGGAAAGAAAGGAAACACACAGAUGCCUUCUGGGGGUAUGUUGGAGGUCCUCAUCAAGGAAGCCAAGAAUUUAACAGCUGUGAAGUCAGGAGGCACUUCUGACACAUUUGUUAAAGGAUAUCUGCUCCCAGAUAACAACAAAGCAACAAAACAUAAAACUCCUCUAAUAAAGAAGAGUGUGAACCCUCACUGGAAUCACAGCUUCACUUUCAGCGGCUUGAAUCCUACGGAUCUACACAACGUAUGCCUAGAACUGACAGUCUGGGACAAGGAGUCACUCUCCAGUAACAUCUUUUUGGGAGGUGUCCGUUUGAGCACUGGAAGGGGUGUAAGUAACGGGAAGGAAGUCGAUUGGAUGGAUUCCCACGGGGAAGAGCAGCACCUCUGGCAAACGAUGAUGGACAAUCCUGGAGUUUCUGUGGAAGGUAUAUUAAUGCUGAGAUCUAGCAUGGGAAAACGCAGACUCUGAGAACAAAUGGCUUGCACAAGGAUAAACUCCAGCUGUUUUGCUGACGUGACUCUUAACUGUUGUGGGGUACCACAAGGAUGCCUGGUGUUAGUGGAAUUCAGUCUGUUGUAAUUUUGCACAUGUGAAAGUGGGGAAGAAAGACUCCUGUUUGCCUUGGAUUUUACAGCUCCAGAGUUGGAUUAUAAUGCAUUCUGCACUUUUGUGUAUCCGUAUUCUUAAGACAAUGCUCCUUACCCUAGUGAAACUCCUACUGAAGUCAGUAAGAAAGAUACCUGAAUAUAGAAUAGAAAUCAGGCUUUCUUUGUCUCAGAGACAAAAAUAUGGUCUACUAGUGUCAACAUCCAUGAAGAAUAUGGAGCAAGCAAAUGCUUUAGUCAUUUGAUGAGUAAUGAUUAUUUAUGGUAUAAGCCAAUUUGAAGCACUAUCAAAAGUUUGGUAUUUGAAAUGAGAUUAGAAACCACCAGAUUCCAAGCAGUCUGAAAGAAUAAUUAGCAACAUCCCUUCCCCCAUUUACGUGUUCAGUUAUUUGAACUGUGCAUGACAGCAAGCCUUGCAACAAGCAUCACUACAAGAAAAGCUGAUACACUGCACACAGCAGCCAUUAUUUGAGUAUUUAGAAAUAGGCAGCGGAUGUGUGGAUAUAAGAUAACAGGAAUGCUGUACUCUGUAGUGAUGCGUGUGCUGUGUAUUUCAGUGCACCAUUCAGAAUGCAAGCUAUGGUUCCCCCAGAUCAAAGAGCCUCUUAUGAAAACAGAUUAUUAUACAUCCCUAAGCAGCUUCCAGAACUAAGUACCGUUACUUAUGGCUGCAUUAUAACUUUUGCUUAUAACUCAUUUAAUAAUUCAGACAUCACUGUACAGAAGAGGAGAGAAGUUCAAACUUCUGUCAUAACUGAUGAGAUGUUGAUGUUUACCCACAUGUGCUGUUUCAGGUUUAAUGAACUAAGUCCCAAUUCAGUAAAACAUUUAAAGAAAUGAUCUAAUUAAGCAUAUGCCUAACUGCUUUGCUGAAUUGGGGUUUAAAUGGGGAAGUGUUCUGAAUGGGAUGGAGUCCUAUUCAAGCAUAUCCUGCUGAUUUAUUAAUUAUUAACCAUGAUAUGAUUUAGAAUGGGAUUUUGCUGCUGAAUGUUACUAAUAUGAGUCCUUGCACUUAUAGCACUAAUGCAUUUUAAUAUAAAAAUGAUUUUAAUUAGUCCAUGUUAAAUGGCAUAGUUGUUCUCUAUUAAUUUGGUUUCCAAAAGACUGCUUUGUGUGUAAUGAGAUCUGUCCUGCUCUCAGUGCACACCACCAAUCUUAAAUUUCUGCCUGCUCAGAACUAGACCCCCAUGUGUACAGAGCACAAUGUUUUCUACACCUGCUUAUGAGCUGUAGCUGGGCUAUACAGCAGCAGAACCAUAGCAAGGAGAAUAAUUGAUCCUUACCAAAUAUAACGUGUACAGUAUUUGCAGAUUCAUGUGAUACACUAAGUUCAGCACUCAUGUGCUAUGGUGAUAGGUACCUUAUACAAACCUAAAAAACAGCAAUAAAUUGGGUAAAUUACAUUUCAUCUCAAUGAUCCAUAAUUAAAAUUGUGCUCCUUGUCAUCAACAGUAAAUACAUCUACUGCUAUUCUCAUCCUUAAUUAUUUUUCAAGCAUUUUACUUUUGGGAGCAAGAGAGUAUCACUGUGAAAAAUAUUUAGCAGUCACAAACAAAAUAAACCAAUAAAAAAACUCUGUCACCUCCACCCCAUAUAUAAGUACAGAUUAUCUCUCUGUUCUUUUUCUCAUACGGUCAGAAUUCAGAACCUAAAGCUUUCUCUGAAGAAGAGUUAUCACAAUCAUGCUUAUUUGAGAGGUAAAAAUCCUGCCAUUCACAAUGAAACAGCAGCUGAAGCCCCAGGUUUUAUGACAUGAAGUACUAAUGGCUAAAUAACUACAGCUUGAGUUUUGUACCUGAAACUGAAGAAAUGCCCUGUCCACUACAGUUAUCUCCCAUUUACAAUUGAGGCUGAAACCUUCAAAUUGUAUGGCUUUUCUCUCCUUUCUAGUCUUAUUUUUUGCUGUUUCUGGGUUUGGCUUGAGUGGCAUGAAACUGCUGAACAUGUCAGAAGUUACCUAUUAAAAUAAUAAUGUACUAAUGUUAGGUGGAAAAUAUACAUGUUUUUAAAUAUCCCUUUGUUUGCAUUACAAAGAACACCUUAGGUUACUAAAAUAGAUUUCUAAAAAUCUAGGACAAGGCUUUGAAAAGUGACUAGUGAUUUUGGGUGCCCAAUUAGAGAUGCUUUAAAGGGCUCUGAUUUUCAGGAAGGACUGAACACACCUCCUCUGAUAAUCAGACCCCUUUAAAGCAGCUCAGAUUGGACACCCAAAAUCAGUAGCUGCUUUUAGAAAUUCCUGGCUGUGAUUUUCUUUAUUCCAUUUGGCUGUUUACAUUUGUUUACUUUUGGAAUUUCACUCAGUUAGGGCAGUGAAAAGAGACUACUCUGUUUCUAGUCAAUUUUACUCUCCUAUUCUCAUGCAUUUUCAUGGGAGUGAGGGUACUUCUGUUCACAAAAGCCCGGAGGAAUGUAUAAUUGAAAGCACAGAAACCAAACAGACAAACACACCCCAAUGCACUCUUUUAUUACAUGUUUCUUUUAGUUUCACAAUAAUUCUUUUAGAAAUGGGUUUUCUUCAACAGUUGUCCCCUCAAAAAAUGUCCUAUAACUGGGGCCUAAACUACCCCAUCUCUUUAAUGGACUCAGAGUCUGGAUUUCCUAAGGGGUUUACAUCAGAGAGAUGUUUGUUUUAAGAGUGGUUACGUUACACUGACAUGGAGGCUCAAACUCUGUUUUCAUUUAUGUGUUUGGCAAAAUUUUAAAAAAGUAACAGUUAUUAAACUAAAGAAAAUGAUUGAGGGUAAACCCUGACUCUGUUGAAGGCA